AUGUGGACUCAGAUCAGCGCUCUGCUGCUGCUGCUUGCCUGCUGCCUUUGGCCAGCAGAGGCUCAGGGCGAGACCGGCAGGAGGAAAAACAUCUGGGACGAUCCCAUCCAGUUCCAAACCAAGGCCAAGGACAAGUGCACCAUGAUCAUAACCGGCCAAAGGGAAUACACCAGGCUGAGGAUAUCCUGCCAGAGUAACAAAAGGUCUUACUGGUGUGAGUACAUAGGCAAGCCUGCCAUGUGUCGUAACUACAACAACAACCCUCGCCACUACUUUUCCCAGAUGAUGUGGGGCCUGAGGAAGCUCCAGAACGCCUGCCAGGCACCCAGGACGAUCAAACCUCAGAUGUGCAGAAGGGCGACUGACGAGUCUCAGAUGGUCUUCUCUUCAGCCUCCUUCUCUCGGCCAUGGGAAGACCCAAAUAGGCCGUCUCCACCGAAACCAGCAGACAGACCAAGUCCUGGACCCACAGACCCUGAUCCAGUGCCACCAAGCAAAGAACCCUCUCCAAAACCCCCUGUGCAAAGCAAUGCUAGGAAGUUGGCUGAGCAGUAUUGCUGGAAGUCACUCCGAGGCGUCUGUGCCUUCGUCAUUGGCUGGUUUAAGAAUUAAUGAGAAAGAUUUACAAUUCUGAUGAAAAUAUCUUCACAAGUCUGAUUAAAGCGGCACUUGGGAUUUCCAGAUCAGGAGUUUGACAGUCAAUGGUAGAAGAACUCUAGCGCCCUCUGCAGGGGAAUGGAUGGUACUGCUACAACUGCCAGACAAAGACAACUCCUGGCAGUGUUUAUAACCCCUACACGUAUUAUCUAUUGGGAGCCAUUGUUGUCUGAAAUGUUUGUUCACAACUUGUGUCACAACUGGGAGAAAACUACUACCUGACUUCUUUUUCAGGUUUGACAGCUGUUUUGCAAAAUGGUUCAUAUACAAUAGUACUUAACACAUAUAUGAAGUGGUAGAACUAGUACUUUAACCUGUGACAUGGUUUCUGCUGCUCCAGAAACCUUUUAAGCAAUAUGCUGGACGCAGGCCAGGCAAGCCAUUGUUGUCACUUACUUGCAUUUAUGUUUGUUUACUUGUAUUUCAAUUUUCAUUUUUUUUUUUCACUUAAGCCAAGCUUUGAGUAUUACAUUUUGGGAGCGACAAAGGGCUUUGGUUUGAUCCAAAAGGCAGUAGUUCAACUGCUGGUGUGUU